UACGGCCCGGCGGCUCCCGGCACCGCUCCGUGCAGGCGGCUGCGGCGAAGGAGCUGAGCUGAGCCCGCCCCGCUGGACGCGGCCCGGCAGCCGAGCAGGAGGCGGCGAGGGGCCGAGGCCAUGGCGGAGACCGGCUCCGUGCACGCCACCAGGUUCGAGGCGGCCGUGAAGGUGAUCCAGAGCCUGCCCAAAAAUGGUUCAUUCCAGCCAACGAAUGAAAUGAUGCUCAAGUUCUAUAGCUUUUAUAAGCAAGCAACCCAAGGACCCUGUAACAUUCCACGACCUGGAUUUUGGGAUCCCAUUGGUAGAUAUAAAUGGGAUGCUUGGAGUGCCUUGGGAAACAUGUCCAAAGAAGAAGCCAUGAUAGCCUAUGUUGAAGAAAUGAAAAAGAUUCUUGAGAGUAUGCCAAUGACGGACAAAGUUGAAGAAUUACUUCAAGUAAUAGGCCCAUUCUAUGAAAUAGUAGAAGAUAAAAAGAACAGAGGAUCUGACCUAACCUCAGUUCGAAUGGAGAAAGUCUCUAAGUAUUUGGAAGACCUCAGUAACGUCAUGAAUUCCACUUCAAAUAUAAAGGCUGUAAAUGGAAAAGCUGAAAGUAGUGACAGUGGAGCGGAAUCAGAAGAAGAGGGGCUUCGUGAAGAGGAAGAAAAAGAACUGCAGAUAAAUGGAAAGGACUAUAAGAAUGUGAAACCCGAAUCAGCAGCUGCUAAGGAUUUGGAAGGUAUUGUUAGGAAUGGCUGUUACAAGGACAGCUUUAUCACAGAUAUGCAGAAUGGCAUCCAGACCAAAUCUGCCUUGAAUGGCUUGAACCCAGAGGAAGAAACAAAUAAAGAGGAGCCAAGCCUAGAAAUAGCUAAUAACAGUGCUCACCAAGGUGCAAGUGAAGACAAUACUGAAGAGAUCUCAGCAACUCAGCACUUAACCAGUGAUUCAGACAGUGAAGUUUAUUGUGACUCUAUGGAGCAACUUGGACUAGAAGAGCCCUUGGAGAUCAUCGCAUCAGCUAAAGGAUCUUUAAAGCAUUCAUCCCAUUUCUUGGAUGUAGAUCACAGUCUUCUAUUAGAAAAUACGGAUUUUCCAAGGCGCACUCGCACGACUUACGGGAAUCUCCAAUCUGGAAAUACUGGAGAGGGAAUAGCUGAAGAACAAGGUGAAGUCAAAUGUGGAGGAGAAGAUGGCAAAGCCGGUAAUGGGGGCCCUCACAAGGAGAAAAAAGGUGGAGAAAAAGCAGAUUUCUACAGUGUCAGAAGAGGGAGAGGGCAUAGACUUCAGCCUUUAGGAGAUGGUUCCCAGGGUGGCCAGAUGGGUAGUGGAGGGGACGGCGAGCGCUGGGGAUCUGACAGGGGGCCCCGGGGAAGCCUCAAUGAGCAGAUCGCAGUGGUGCUGAUGCGGCUGCAAGAAGACAUGCAGAAUGUCCUCCAGAGGCUGCAUAUGCUGGAGGCAGUUACAGCAUCACAGGCAAAAUCUGCAACACCACAGUCAAAUUACCAGCCCGCCUCCUCUGUCAAGAAACCAUCAUGGUGGCCCUUUGAAAUUUCUCCUGGUAUUUUAGCUUUUGCUAUUGUAUGGCCAUUUAUUGCCCAGUGGUUGGUACAUGUGUAUCUUCAAAGAAAGCGAAGAAAACUGAACUGAGAAUUCAUGGCUUUGUAUAAGGACUUCUAGGAGAAGAUGGCCCUGGAAAGCGAAGGAAUUCUGAAUUCUCAUAGAAUCUCAGAACCUGGGAUGAUCUUCCUUAUGUUACAGUAAUAAUUUGUACUACCUUUGAGCUAAACAUUUAAGGACUAAUAUUAUUGAAACUUGAAUGAUUCACAGCUCCUAGGUUGCAAAUAAAUUUAAUAAUUCCAUCCUCAAAACCAUAUGAACAUUAAUUAUUUUGGAAUGUGCUUGUGAAUGGGCCUUCAGUAAUUACUGGCCUUGCUGAUGUCAGCUGAGGAAGAGAAUAACAUCUCUGUAAAAGAAUAAGUUAAAAAUAUGUAAAACUAUCACUUUAACAUAGAAAUAAUUUUACAAUCCCAACUUCCCUGCCUGUUUUUCCACAGGGUUAUAUAAUACCAGGUGAAAGCUCUAAUAAAGUAUGAAUUCAAUACGUUGCAAGCUGUUGGAAAUAUACAAUAUAGCUCUGAGGAAUCUACUGGUUAUUUUUUGCUGCUAAACAAGUGUGGGGCAAAUUUCCACAUAAAUUGGUCAUAAAUGAAGUUGAAUCCUUCACUUACCCUGUAAAAUUGUAAAGGCGAUUUGGGAAUUUGUAUAUGUUCUGAAAGUUAGAGCCAUUAAUAACAGGGGACUGUCAAAUACAAGUACAAGUUUGGACACGCUGUGUGGUACAAGGGAUCCACAUAAAGAGGAGGCUGCACCUUAUCUUUUUAACUUAAAUAAUUGUACUCUUGUUGACAACAGCUUAUUUUAACUGAAAUACAUAGUUUAGGCACAAGGUGCUUUAAACUGAGAUGAAAACUAGCUCUGUAAGUCUAUCUCUAAGCUUUUAAAAAGCUUAGUGCACUCUAAGUUUUCUGUUGUCAGGUUGCAUUAAAUUGAAGUAGGAUUUAAUCCAUUGUGGACUUUUCUCAAGUCACAUCUUGAAAAAUACCAAUUCUGGUAUUUCUCUCUUAUCCUUCUACUUACUUUCAAAACAAAACUUUUCAGCUAAUUUUGGUGCUGUUAUUUUUUUCCCCCCACAGAGUAUUUAUUAACCAAUAUACAGAUAAGAGUUACAAUUCUGUCAAGUUUGCUUGACUAAAGCAUGCUUUACACUUGAUUUUAAAAUAAAUUAAUAUAUAAGUUGUCUAAAUCUCUGGAAAAGGCAAAUGCACUAAAAUUAGAUUUGACAGAGAACUUAAGACUUUGCUAUAAAGAAUUAUACCACAACAUAAUCCAUGGUUAAGCUCUGAAUCUUCAGAAACUUCAUGAUUAUUGAUGAACUUUAAUUCUCCACCUGGACUACAUAUUACAAAUAAUUUUUAAGGAAAGUUUUUUUGUCCUUCCUGAAAAUCUUUUAUAGUUUGGAAAACAUUUUUCAUACAAGCUAUACUGUAUAAAAAUGUAAUCAGAGAAUUUAAUGUUUGUUUUACCCGAGAAAUUUUAAUCUUUUUAGUUACAUGCAGGGUUUUUUUUAGUUACAUUUCCCCUCUUCUGAUUUUCUUACUGUAAAGCUGAAUUAAAAAUUAAAUAAAAUGGUUGUAAUCUCUUUGAAGACUGCUGUAACAAUUAGAUGGUUUUGUGUGCCAGAGAUGAGUUUUUGGCAUGAGAUACACUGAAAACACAGGUUUGAACAAAGCUUAUCCUGGAAGGGAAGUGCUGCUGUGACCUGAAGCCCUUGUGCCCAAGCUUAAAGUUCCUAGAGUGAUUGACUUUUUACCACAAAAUAUAUAAAUCAUACAGGAAGGAUACUCUAGCUUGAAGGUCACAUGAAAAAUAACCCCCCUGUCCUGUCUUCUGCCAGGACAAAGCACCCUGGAGAGCCUCCCUGGCUCAGAACCAUGUUACACAUAGGUAUCAAGCUCUUAGAGAUGGGACAAACAUUCCCAAGGGUACUUAAUUGUUAACUUGCCACUGAAAUAAAUGUGGGCUUGUACUAUCCUUGUUAUUUAUUCAUGUUUCAAUAAAUCAAUCCCUUAAUAUUUUGUAUUUUAUCUUGAACUUUCUUAAUGUUUACUAAAUGGUGUACGUUGGAUGCUGGGACUGUACAGAAGAGCCUGCUGGCUGUGUCAUGAAGAAUCGGUCUCAACCUUAGAAGUUGUAAUAUAAAACAACAUCACUUUUGCAACAAUUUACUUGUAACUCAGAACUGGGCCUCAGCCUCUAGGGCUAUCUCAAACUCACUGUGACUGGAACAGAUUCCUAGUUAACUGGUAUUUCAGAUUAAAGGUAAGGAAAACU